GCUCGGGGGCGCCGCGCGAAGAUGCUCCGGGGCGGCCCCUGGCCCCGGCGCCCGCCGAGCUGCCCCGGCCCCGUCCCGGCGCUCCUGCGGGUGAGUCGGGGCCGCGGGCGGGAAAGUUGGCGACAGGUCCUGUGUGCGAAGCCGUGCGCCAGGCCGCGGCCCCCCCGCUGCCCCCUCUCCGGCACAGCGGCGCCCCCCGACGAGGUCACCGUGGACUACAGACACGGGCUCCCCGUGCUCACGCUCACGCUGCCGUCCAGGAGGGAGCGCUGCCGCUUCGUCGUCAAGCCCCUGCUGACCACGGUGGGCUCCUUCCUCCGGGACGUCCACAGCGAGGACAGGGGCAUCCGCGACGCCGCCGUCCUCAUCGCAGACGGCCGUGUCGUCCCCGCGUCCACCUCCAUGGGGACCCUGCUCGUCAGCGGCUUCCGGCUCGUCAUCGACCAGACGCCCUACGACGUGCGCUGCCCCAGGGAAGCAGGUGGGGGCGGCGGGCACGGCGCCGAGCUGGACCACCUCAAGUCCCUGGUGCACCGGCUCUACACCAUCCUGCACCUGGACGAGCUGCAGCAGAGGAGAGAGCGCCACCUGGUGGAGAGGAUCGACCACCUCACGCGGCAGCUGCAGCCCCUGGAGCAGACGAGAGCAGGAAUCGAGGUACGCGCGGAGGCCGUAGCCAGCAGGUGCCUGUGGGCGGGGCUGGCGCUGCUGUCGGUGCAGGGCGGGGCCCUGGCCUGGCUCACCUGGUGGGUCUAUUCCUGGGACAUCAUGGAGCCCGUCACCUACUUCCUCACCGUCGUCAACUCCAUGGCCUUCUUCGCGUACUUCAUCACCACCCGGCAGAACUACACGUACGAGGCGCUGAGGAGCCGGCAGCUCCUGCACUCCUUCCACAGGCGCUCGCAGAAGCAGCGUUUCGACGUGGCGCGCUACAACGAGCUGAAGGAAGAGCUCGCCAAGACCCAGGACGCCCUCAGCCACCUGCGCCACUGCCAGCGCCUGCGGGAGCAGCGGCCGUCGGCGGGAAAGGGCUCGGAAUCUCCCCGGAGGUGUUCGCUUGACUCUCCCUCGGGUCUCUGUCUGUUACUUAUGAUUUUUAAAUGCUUACACAGCACAGGUUUCUGGGUUUCUCCUGAGGGGUGUGGGUUGUGGCUCCCGGCCAGAGAGGAAUCGCAAACGGUCAGUGGGUUCUGAUGCCCCUGCUGGCGCCCACUCCUGAGCGCGACCCGCCCUCGUCUGAGCUGGCACAGGGGAGCAGAGCCGAGGCUGCUCCUGGAGCUGGGAGCCGGGACUCGGGGGUUAUUCUGCCCGGGCACAGGCGCUGGGCAUCGUAACCAGCACUGUCGACCAAACCCUCAGCCCACCACACUGCGGGGUGGAAGGGCUGAGCGUCAUGUGAUUGGACUUUCUUUAAUGCCAAGACCCUGUAUAAAAUAUGUGUGUAUUUGGGAAUGAAGUGAAUAACCAUCAGCCUCUGCAGGAUUUUGUUUCUCUGGGGUGACCGUUCCUACCCACUCACAGUGGACCCUGCAUGCAGCAUCUGCACACACGCUGAUGGGCUGCCUGGCCACUCGGCCCACGCCGUUCCUGGAUAUCCCUCUCCACAAGUGCCACCUGGGGCUCUUCCCGUGCACAACAGCCGCUCACCCAGACCAGGAACCUAUGUAGGGAGCUGCUUUACAAACCUGGCUCUUAGGUCCUAGUCAGACAGCCUGGCUCUCUGAUUCUAACAGAGGCUGGUAGCAAGGUUGCCACUAUGGUCUCCAUUUGUUUCUCAAUAGCCUAUGCCUGUAACAAAAGGACAUGUCAAUCUGCAUUUGUAUGUGGGUCCUGACACCAUUUCCUCCCAGCAGAAAGGUAUAAGUAGUAGCUGCUAGUAGAAUAAACUCUCUCUUCCUUCUUGCUG